CCGUCUCCAGUGUGAGCCAGCAGCCCAGCGGACUGUUACUCUUCUCGGUUUCUCCGCGCAGGAAUACAAACGUGAUGGAGGAGAAGCAGCGCUGACGACUUUUCCAUUUCAUUUCCCGAGGAGUUUAUCUUUCUAUUUAACUUUUUUUUUUCCUUUCAAGUCCUGGGAGCGGAGGACUAUCUGUUCUUUUUGUUAUAGUCCGGUAAUGUCGGAGCGUUUCCUAAAACAAACCCGCUAACAUUUCAGUCUCCAUGCGGGAGAAGAAGCUUGUUUUCCUACCUGGUGUCGUUGUUAUCAGGCCGGUGAGCUGAAUGGCUCGUUUUUCACCCUGACUGAAACUUUAUUUUUUUUAUUUUUGUAUGUUUUUUUUAUUCUUCCACCGUCUGGGCUUCUCUGUUGCUGGAUAUAACCGUGGUCUCUGCGCUGUAACUCCGGGUAAAUGGAGCGUCAGUCCAGCUUCAUUUCCAUCUGGCUCCAACUGGAACUCUGCGCCAUGGCGGUUCUUCUGACCAAAGGAGAGAUCAGGUGCUACUGCGACGCUCCGCACUGCGUGGCCACCGGGUACAUGUGCAAAUCCGAACUGAACGCCUGCUUCACCAAGGUGCUGGACCCGCUCAGCGCCAACUCGCCGCUCACCCACGGCUGCUUAGUCCCCGUCUCCAACGCCGCCGACGUCUGCAGCAGCCAACGGGCCGCUGACUCUCUGACGCUGGAGUGCUGCCAUGACGACAUGUGUAACUACAGGGGCCUGCACGACCUGGGACACAGCAGGGACUCCGCAGAUAGCCGUUACCCAGCCGACGGCAGCAACAGGAACCUGGUGACGCGGGUGCAGGAGCUGGCCUCGGCCAAGGAGGUGUGGUUCCGGGCGGCGGUGAUCGCCGUGCCCAUCGCCGGCGGCCUCAUCCUGGUUCUGCUCGUCAUGCUGGCGCUGCGGAUGCUGCGCAGCGAGAACAAGCGGCUGCAGGACCAGAGGCAGCAGAUGCUGUCGCGGCUCCACUACAGCUUCCACGGCCACCACACCAAGAAGGGCCACGUGGCCAAGCUGGACCUGGAGUGCAUGGUGCCGGUGACGGGCCACGAGAACUGCUGCCUGACCUGCGACAAGAUGAGGCAGGCGGAGCCCGGCGGCGACAGGAUCAUGUCUCUGGUGCACUGGGGGAUGUACAGCGGCCACGGGAAGCUGGAGUUUGUCUGACUCUGUCGCUUCUCUGCCAUCUUUUAUUUUAUUUCUUAGCCUUCUGAGGACAUUCCCAUGUUUCCCAAGCAGGAAACGACGCAGAACUGAUCUCGCGUCGUUCCGUUUUGUUUGCCAGAGGAGCACUUUACUUGAAAAAGAGAAGGCUGUAUUUAAACCCGAGAGGGCAGAGGACUGAGGGUGGAGAAGGGACCCACUCCCCAAGAGGAUCCUGGACUUUCUACACGCUGAAGGAUUCCAAACGUUGUCUUAUUUGCACAUUUUGUUUUUCUAAGAAUUGAAAGAAAGAUUUUACACUGACACCAGGGUAGAAAAAAAGCUGAACACUCCUCUGGACGCUUCAUGACUCAAACCUGUUGGUCAGAUUGAAAUAUGUCUAUUUUUGUCUGCGUAAAAACGGACCUGUGUGCGUCUUCAUCAGAGUGAAUGUUCCACUUCUUUCUGUGAUCAGACUAAAAGCUUGAUUGUGUGUGUGUGUCUGAAAGAACUUCAAUUAAAGUGUCUUUUUAUUUAAAUCUG